UUGUCUCUAAUUUGGUGCACUUUAUUCUGUUCAAAUUCGAUACUUUGCUGUUUCACUGAGAACGAGGCUCUUUGUUUCAAAGAGGGGACAUGCUUAGUGAGAGCAGAAAUCUAAAGAAAUAAAGUUUCUCGUACACUAUACAUUUUUAUCUCCUCUCUUAUGUCUCCUGCAUUCUCCUAACAAUCCCCCAUUUCAUUUCCUUACAUUCAAACUCUUUGGUCUCCUUAAGCAACUCCCCAAACAAAACCCAAUUGGUGGUUUGGUUUUUGUUCCUUUGUGUUUGUGUUUUUUGGCCUUAUCUUUGGCAGUUUCAAACACUUGUUUGUUCAUUUGUCUAUUUGGUUGAGUUUUCAGCUUUAGUUUUGGUUUGCAUUGGAGUUUGUUAAGUGUUAAAGAAUUGUGCUUGUUAGUGUUUUCUUGUUUCUAAGCUGAAACCCAGAAAUUGGAGUCGAAAUGGGGUUAUGUUUUUUUAGUUUUUGAGAUUGUUGGUGAAAAUUUGGGGGGUUUGGGAAGUUGAAGAAUAUAGCUUUAUGAAGUUUUGGUGAAAAAUGAGAGAUGAGAACUCCAAGAAAAGCAAGCUCUCAUGGUCCAAGAGAAUGGUCAGAAAGUGGUUCAAUAUCAAGAGCAAAAAUGAGGACUUUCAAGCAGAUGUUGUUUAUGGAGGGGGUGAAGUGGAAUACAGAACUAGCUUCUCUGAGAGGGAGCCAUGCACCAUCAAGAAAAGCAAAACAGAGAAAUUUACCAAGAUUCCCGAGCAGGUCCGGCGAGGGAGAAUGAAUCUUGACCAUCCUAGAAUCAUAGAUGUGCAGAAUCACAGUAUUUUUGUAGCUACAUGGAAUGUGGCAGGAAGAUCUCCGCCUAGUAAUUUGAGUCUCGAUGAUUGGCUUCACGCGUCACCUCCUGCAGAUAUCUAUGUUCUUGGAUUUCAAGAAAUAGUUCCUUUGAAUGCUGGUAAUGUUCUUGGUGCUGAAGACAAUGGCCCUGCCAAGAAAUGGUUGUCCCUCAUUAGGAAGACUCUAAACAAUCUUCCAGGAACUAGUGGCAGUGGAGGGUGUUAUACUCCAUCACCAGUCCCUCAACCAGUCGUAGAAAUGGAUGCAGAUUUUGAGGGAUCGUCUAGGCAGAAGAACUCGUCUUUCUUUCAUCGUCGGUCAUUCCAGACACCCUACAGCUGGAGAAUGGACCAUGACCCAUCAAUUCCCCAGCCAAGACUAGAUAGGCGAUUUAGCGUCUGUGACCGGGUUAUUUUUGGUCACAGGCCAAGUGACUAUGAUCCCAGUAAUCGAUGGGGUCACAGUCGACCAAGUGAUUUUUCAAGGCCCAGUGAUUACUCUAGGCCUAGUGAUUAUUCUAGAUGGGGUUCUUCAGAUGAUGAUAAUGGACCAGGGGAUUCACCAAGUACUGUAUUGCAAUCACCAAUGUCCUACGGUGGUUCCUACAGUGGAUCAGCCUCUACUGAAGAUGGAUAUAGAAGGCCAGGGUAUUCAAGGUACUGUUUAGUGGCAAGUAAGCAAAUGGUUGGCAUAUUUCUAACCAUAUGGGUCCGAAGUGAAUUGCGAGAUCACGUUAAAAACAUGAAAGUUUCUUGUGUUGGCAGAGGAUUAAUGGGUUAUCUUGGUAAUAAGGGAUCUAUUUCAGUCAGCAUGUCCUUGCAUGAAACGACCUUUUGCUUCAUCUGUACUCACCUUACCUCCGGACAGAAGGACGGUGAUGAGAUUAGAAGGAAUUCAGAUGUCAUGGAAAUUCUGAAGAAGACAAGGUUUCCACGUGUUAGCAAUGCGGGUGAUGAGAAGUCCCCGGAAACAAUUCUUGAGCAUGAUCGAGUUAUUUGGCUCGGAGACUUGAAUUAUCGCAUUGCUAUGUCUUAUCGAUCUGCUAAGGCACUGGUUGAGAUGCAAAAUUGGAGGACAUUGUUGGAGAGUGACCAGCUACGGAAUGAGCAGAGGAGAGGUCGUGUUUUUGUCGGAUGGAACGAAGGGAAAAUUUAUUUCCCUCCUACGUACAAGUACUCAACAAAUUCGGACAGAUACGCAGGAGAUGAUUUGCAUCCAAAGGAGAAGCGUAGAACUCCAGCGUGGUGUGACAGAAUUUUAUGGCAUGGAGAAGGCCUCCAGCAGUUAUCUUACGUUCGUGGAGAAUCUAGAUUCUCGGAUCAUAGGCCAGUUUAUGGCAUAUUUUGGGCAGAGGUCGAGUCUCCCCACGGCCGGUUGAAGAAAAGUAUGAGCUACUCGAGUUCCAGGAUAGAGGUGGAGGAGCUUUUGCCAUACUCUCAAGGAUAUACAGAACUCAACUUUUUCUGAUGGAUGAGGAAAUAGCUAUGACCCACACUGUAGUUGCAGGCGGGAAUCACUUUGAACAAUUUUUUGUUUUUUUUGAAGGGUGAUGGAGACAUUCCGUUGCCCACUAACCAAAAAAGGUGUAAAUUCUUGUAUUUUGGUCAGCUAAUUAAACUACACACCAUCAAAUCAUUGCAACUUUGAUCACCAGACAUAGCUAGUCACUAACAUUUACCUGGUUCUGAUUUGCUAACAUAAAUAGCAAAUUGCAUUAAGGAACUCUGCCAAGAGAUUAAUUUAUUAAAUUCUUUCUUAGUGUUAGAGAAACAUUUUUGUUUUUGUUUUUUGAUGUCUGGAAGAAGAUGAAAAAUGAUGGUCAAUACAAUGAUUUGAUGGAUAUUCAAUACGAAAAGUGAAAAAUAUAUAUAUAGAAUUGAAGUUUAAUUUA